AUGACAGUCGCAGCUGAAAACAAUAGCAGAAGUAUUUCUCUAAAGGUAAAUGCUGCUUUGUUUGAUGUAGAUGGAACAAUUAUUAUUUCACAGCCUGCUCUUGCGGAGUUCUGGAAGGACUUUGCUAAGGACAAGCCAUACAUGGACCCUGUUCAUGUUAUGAGUGCUACGCACGGCUGGAGGACAUUUGAUGCUGUUGCAAAGUUUGCUCCAGACUACGCCAACAAGGAAUACGUUACCAAGUUGGAAGGUCUGAUUCCAGAAAAGUAUGGUAAAUAUUCUCUGGAAGUACCUGGUUCUGUGAAGUUGUGUGCUGCGUUAAACCUGUUGCCUAAGGAAAAGUGGGCUGUGGGAACGUCCGGCACGUUUGAGAUGGCACACAAAUGGUUCAAGGUGCUUGGUAUUAAGAGACCUAGCAACUUUAUCACUGCCAAUGAUGUGAAGCAGGGUAAGCCUCAUCCUGAGCCAUACUUGAAAGGCAGAACGCUGUUGGGAUACCCAGUAAAUGAACAGCAGCCAUCUGCAUCCAAGGCGGUAGUCUUCGAGGACGCACCUGCUGGUAUUGCUGCUGGUAAGGCUGCUGGUUGUAAGAUUAUCGGUGUCGCUACAACAUUUGAUGUUCCUUUCUUGAAGGAGAAGGGUUGCGAUAUCAUCAUAAAGGAUUACAGUGGAGUCAGAGUGGGCGGUUACGACCCAGAGACUGAUGAAGUCGAAUUUAUUUUCGAUGAAUAUCUGUACGCCAAGGAUGACUUGCUGGAAUGGUAA